AUGACCCUUUUUCAUCACAAUGAAAGUGGCUCCUCUGCGACCCCUAACAAGAGUGCUACCCAAAACAAAAGGCGCAUGUCGUUGUUUUCCUUUGGAUCUUCGGCGAAAAAUUCAUCUUCUCGUCCUUCAACCCUGCCUAACUCAUCGACAGUUGAAGUUGACGAUUCCAGACUUCCUUCUACUUCGCCCAGAAGUGGCUCGGCAUCUGCGGGAUUCCCGAAUAAAGAAGAUCAAGCAAGUUCUUUCACGGGCUCUCCAGUAGCAGAAUCGUGUCCUUUGUCAGAGAGAGCAGGAUCUGACAUUUUUGAAAGAUCAGUGCAAGAUUUGUCUGGGCUGGUGAAACAAGAAGAUUACAUCCCCCCUGCUUUGGAUGCUACGGCUGAGAUUUUGGGCGACAAGGAUACAGACUUGGAUGAAGUGGAGAUGAUCUUCUCCAACAGAAGAAACUCUUCUGUUCUUGGUUUGAACAUGGCUUUAGGCCGCUCUUAUACGCCUCUGAGGAAAAACAGUGUUUACUCUGUGAACCAGCAUGGGAACAGCAGUAAACUCAAUUCAAUGUCGUCGUUGUCUAACCAGCCUCAGUCGCCUGUCUCCCCACCCAAGUUGGUGAGUUCCAAAUCGUCAGUAUCCUUUUAUUCCUACGCAGACAUGAUUAAUAGCGAUGAAUUUUCUCGCAGACCAUCCAUCAUGCAUUCUUAUAGCCACGGAGUAGUCCCCACUUUGGGACGCAAAAUGAGUGUCGCUUCCAAUCACUCGACAUCCUCUGUUGGAAACCAAAAUAGCCCAAAUAAUGGGGCCCUCAACCUUAACACUGGGUCAAUAAGUGCUAGCAACAGCCCCAUCUCAACCCAAAGCAACAGUCUUCCGUUUAACAAACUUUCUAGAAAAUUGACUCUGAAUUCAGUUGGCUCUGCGCAAUCUCAGUCGCAGUCGUCUAAGCAGAUUCAUAGAGAGCGUGUCAAUCAAGCAAACCAACAAAGGCUCGCUUCGAAGGCCAAUGAAAAAGAGUAUAGAAGCUUGAAUAAGUUUCUCAUCAGCCCUGAGUCGUCUGAUUCAGAAGAGCAGGACGUUUAUUAUCCCGCGGAAGCCAGGUCAGAAACUUGUCGCAAAAAAUCUCUCUCAUCCAACAGCUCGGCUAAGGAUAGUGAAAGUUUGGUUUCUUUCUCAGCAGGUGACCGUAUUAGACAAUGUACUACUGAGAUCAGUGGACACUGA